CUACUUUGCACACUGGCGUCUAAAAACGACAUGGAUAUCAAAACGUUGCUUCAUAACCUUCGCGAAGAAGUUUCGUGUUCAGUGUGUACUACCAUAUUCACGGAUCCGAAACAGCUCCAAUGUUUACACAGUUUCUGCCUGAAGUGCUUGAAGCAAUGGCACAGAACAAGUCAUGGCCGAGACACAAUCAGAUGCCCGAAAUGCCAAGCUCUAAACAAAGUGCCGGAAAGUGGCGAUAUGAAAGAUCUACCGACCAGUUUUUACCUGAACGGCCUGAUUGAUGUGUUAGUCAUUAAAGAAUGUAAGAACAGUCAAGUACAGUGUGGAAAUUGCGACAAGAAAAGCUCUGAGACUUCUUAUUGUUUCCAGUGUUGCAUAUUUUAUUGCCAAGAAUGCGUUAUUGGACACAACAUCAUGCGAAACAACAAUGAUCACCGUGUUCUAGCGCUUAAAGAUUUUCAAGAAAAGGACUUUGAGGAUGUGUUAAAACGACCGUCCUUUUGCACAAAGCAGCGACACGAGAAAGAAGAGCUGAAAUAUUUUUGCAAAAAUUGCGACGCGGCAGUUUGUCAAACUUGUGUUUUGAUGGAUCACGCAGGACACACCUUGGAACACUUAGAAGAAGAAGCUGAGAGGCAAAAGAUUGAAGUCAAAUCACUGACUGAAGAACAGAAACGCAAUUUACAAGCAAAGAUGAACACUGUUGGUCAGCUCGAAGAGGAACACGCUCGAUUGAUUCAACAAGGCGAAGACGCGAAAAGAAAUGUUCAUAGAUUUGUCGAAGACGUGAUCGCAGUCAUUCAAGCCAAGAGGGAAAAUACUAUUGCAAAGGUUGAAAGCCAAACAAAAGCAUCCCUUCAAGCUUUAACAGCUGAGAAAACGGAGACUGAGAGUCAAAUAAAGAGCAUUGAAUCAACGCUGGCAAAAACCAACGAGCUUUUGACGAGAAGUACAGACGUUGAUGUCGUUCAACUAAAGAAGUCGUUGUGUGCGAUCAUUGCGACUAAGAAUGAAAACCAACCAAUUAAGCGUGACCCGAAUAAAUUUCCUGCUGCGGUUUUCAUGGAAAAUCGAAAGGUGCUGGAAACCAUCAACUGCGAAGAAAUUGGAAGUGUAAUAAGUGCAUACGACAAAACGGAAGCAGGAAUGUCUGUUACGGAGGGCAAAGAACUGAGCGAAGCUUUUGUAGGACGCGAGGUAGAGUUUGUUUUGGUCACGAAAAACGCUCAAGGACAGCAAUGUUAUUUUAAACAUGACAAUGUAACAGUAGAGAUCGCUGACGAAAGACAUUUAAAAUGUGCCACAGACGUGCGAAUAAACAACAAUGAAGACGGACACUAUCAGAUCAGCUACUUUCCAAGAGAUUCAGGCAGAUUCAAGGUGACAGUUAAAGUAAAUGGAGAACAAACCCUCGGAAAUCCUCUGAUUGUGCAGGUAAAACAGUUUCAGUUAAUACCAAUUUCAACUUUUGGAACUUUCGGCUUAGAUGUUGGAAUGUUACAUAAGCCUAGUGGUUUGGCAGUAAGUGCUAGUGAUGAGAUAGCUGUAACCGAUUCUUUGAACCACCGAGUUCAAAUCUUUAACGCUGAUGGACUUUUUUUAAGAUCUUUUGGUCGACAAGGUUACGGAAUGGGAGAGCUUAACACACCAAAAGGAAUUGCAUUUCACAAAAAUGGGAAUAUUUUUGUGGCAGACAGAGAUAACCAUAGAGUCCAGAUUUUCAGUGGGGAGGGUGAAUUCUUGAGAAAAUUUGGUGGAGAAGGAAGCCUCGAUGCUCAGCUCCUUUAUCCCCGCGGUUUAUCAGUGGAUAGUGAUGGUAACAUUCUUGUUACUGAUGUAGGUAACAAGCUAAUCAAAAUCUUUUCUCCUGAAGGGAAGUUUUUGAGAAAGUUUGGUGGGCACGGCUCUUUAAAUUUUCCUGUCCACUGCGUUCAAUAUGAUAGAUAUCUCAUAGUGUCAGACAAGGGUGACCAUUGUAUUAAAGUAUUUGACCAGAAUGGAACCUUUCAGUACAAGUUUGGAAAGCAGGGGGGAGGGGACGGGGAGUUUCAAGAUCCCUUCGGUUUGUUUGUGAACAAGUCAGGACACCUGAUGGUCUGCGAUGCACGUAAUCACAGAGUGCAGGUGUUUGAAUUGAGUGGAAAGUUCGUUGGUAAAUUUGGAACAAAAGGCACUGGUCUUGGAGAAUUAUAUACUCCAAGAUCGAUUUCAGAGCUAAAUGAUGGCCGCAUUAUUUUGUGUGAGCUGAGAAAUAAUCGCUUUCAGCUACUCACGUUUGGAGACAAAACUCCAGCUGCCUCAAGCAGAGAUGACUCGGUCUGA